GUGCAGUGACACUUUAUUGGAAAUCUCCUGGGAUCAAAGUCACUUUAUCAACACACUUCUUAUUUUAAAGCUGAAAUAUGAGAAUAAAAAACACAAUCAUGUGCGUCUUUUUGUGUGUUUUCUUGCUGCUAAGGAGUGUAAUGUCAAAGUGCGGAACGAAUCUUACUCGCGUAGUCGCUGAUUUGGGAAGAAAGAGAUUAGUAAGAGUGGUAUUUCCUUUUUUUUUCCUCCCCUCUCUCUCUUUCUCUCUCUCUUUCUCUCUCUCUCUCUCUCUCUCUUUGCCUGCAUGCUCAAGUCCCAUUCUCUGGUCAAGUUCAGUGCGUUGUUCUCCGGCCCGCACGGACGCUUCUUAUUGGUAGGUUGCGACAGUUACAUCACGCCGCUCAUGACGCGCACGUCUUCCUGUUUCCUUCAGCCGCGUCUUAAAGUGAAUCUUAGUGGCGGAGAAGCGCUCCAGCAUCCAGUCCUCUGCAUCCAGUGCGCCUCGGAGACGCACAGACGCACAGUCUCUCUCUCUCUCUUUCUCUCUCUCUCUCCCUCUUCUCUCGCACUCUCUCUAUGUCUCUCACUCUUGUAGUCACAGCAGAGGAUAGAGGGAGAGACCGACGCGCAGGAGCUCUUUUCAUCUUCUAUAUUCUCCCCGUUUUGUUCCUUUCGUUCGCGUCGCUGACUUUAUUCCAGCUCCUCUGAGAAAUUUGUUAUAUCCCAGCAAAUCCGGCGGUGCCCUGCGUAGAUUCUCUUCUUCUUCUUCCUUUUUUUUUUAUCCGUAGGAGUUCAGGUUGUCCCCCUCUUCAUCUAAAGGGUACUCGGAGGCUUUGAUCCUAGAGGACUGGGUUUGUGGGAUAUGGCCCAAUAGCAGCAGCCCGUGAUGCCGGACCAUGACAGCGACUCCCUCCUGAACAGACAGACCAAGCGAAGACGUGUGGACAUUGGUGUUAAGAGGACCGUGGGCAGCACAGCCUCCUCCACAGCAGCAGCCACAGCAGCAACCACUGAUAACAUUGCUCGCGCCAAAGCAGCCAUUUUCAGUGCCAUGAACUCUCUGAGCUCCCAUUCUCACCACGGAUCAGACACCGACUCCAUGGAGUGCUCUGUAGUGCAGCCACAUGGUGGGCCUGGCGUUGUAUCAGCCAGUGAUAGUGAGUCCAAGUCCAAUGUACUCCGAAAGCUUCUGAAGAGGGCCAACUCAUACGAGGACACCAUGAUGCCCUUCCCUGGCACCACCAUUAUCUCUCAGCUUCUCAAGAAUAACAUUGCUAAAAAUGGAGGAGGUCCCGAGAGAGGAGAAAGAGGGGACAGGGGUGAUAGAGGGGAAUCAGGCUUCCCUGGUUCAGGGCUCUCCAAUGCAAGUUCAGACGCACCCCAAGAGGAUGCGUGCAGUAACUCCUCCCAAGACAGCACCCCUCAAGAGUGCUUGUCACCAUUUGGCCGUCCUCCUGGCCUGGCCACCUUUGACAUCGAACGUCUCAAUGAUGAACACCUGCGUGCCAAGCGAGCCCGUGUGGAGAACAUUAUACGUGGUAUGAGCCACUCGCCCAGUGUGGUGGUACCUGCUGCUUCCCGUCACGAGCGUGACCAUGAGAUGGAUGGAGAGCGGGAGAUGGAGCUGGACUGCGCACCUCCUCAAUCUCAGCAGCAGGCCCCCAGCAGCCCACGGGGAGGCGAGGUGUGCAGCAGCAACAGCAGAGAAAACAAGCGAAAACAGCGUCUGCCUCAGCAGCAGCAGCAGAGCUUCACCCAGCUGGUGUGCCAGAGAAAGGAGCAGAAGCAGGAGGAGCGACGGCAACUGAAGCUGCAGCUGGAGGACAUGCAGAAACAGCUACGGCAGCUGCAGGAGAAGUUCUUUCAGAUCUACGACUCAACCGAUGACUCAGAACACAAUGACCUCCACAACGACCUGGGAAACAUGUCAGAGGACAGCCCUGCCAGGUCUGACACAGGAGGCGAUGACCGGGGUGGAGAUGACUUGCGCUCCGACAAUGAGAUGUCUGACCUGGACCCAGGCCAUUUCCUGGACAGGGCGCGGGCACUGCUUCAUGAGCAGGCCCUGCUGGCCGACGGAGAGAAGCCAAGAAGAGAGGGGCUUGGUCGGAGCAAAGGACAGGGAGGUCCAGGCUCCUCCAUGCAUGCUGAAGGUAAACAGCUGGCAGAAACACUGAAGCAGGAACUCAAUUCAGCCAUGACCCAGGUGGUGGACACAGUGGUGAAGGUGUUUGCCAAGCCUCCACGCCCUACACCUCAGCAGGCCUUUCCUCCUCUUUCCAUACCUCCUGAGAGAUUUCCAACCGCUGUCAAUGGAGACAACCCCAACUUCCACACCGCCAACCAGAGGCUGCAGUGCUUCGGCGAUGUCAUCAUUCCCAAUCCACUAGACUCCUUUGCCAGCAUGCCCGGGAUCCCCGGCACCACCAAUGACCAAACCGAGGCACUGCCGUUAGUAGUGAGGAAGACGCCCAGCGAGCACCACCACCAGUCCUCAGCUGUGGGUGCCCAUGGUGGUCACCACCACCCCGCCCUUCACCCCUCCUCACUCUCUGCUUCUAUGGGCUUCAGCCCCCCAUCCUUUAGACACCCCUUUCCACUGCCUCUCAUGGGCUAUCCUUUCCAGAGUCCCCUCGGUGCGCCCACAGGUGGUUACACAGGCAAGGAUCGUUCCUCGCCUGACUCCAUGGACCUGUCCCGGGAGACCACCAGCUUGAGGACCAAGAUGGCAUCGGGUCACCACCUGACGCAUCACCACCGCUCUUGUUCACCAGCACACCCAGGCAGCACAGCCGAGGGGCUCUCCCUGUCCCUCAUCAAGUCUGAGUGCAGCGAUCUCCAGGACAUGGCCGACAUCUCGCCCUACUCAGGCAGCAAUAUCCAAGAAGGUCUCUCCCCGAAUCACCUGAAGAAGGCCAAGCUCAUGUUUUUCUACACCCGCUACCCGAGCUCCAACAUGCUCAAGAUGUUUUUCUCUGAUGUCAAGUUUAACCGCUGCAUAACCUCCCAGCUGAUCAAGUGGUUCAGCAACUUCAGGGAGUUCUACUACAUCCAGAUGGAGAAGUUCGCCCGCCAGUCCAUAAACGACGGCGUCACGGGAGCCGAGGAGCUGAGCGUCAGCCGCGACUGCGAGCUCUUCCGAGCCCUCAACAUGCACUACAACAAGGCCAACGACUUCGAGGUCCCCGAUCGCUUCCUGGAGGUGGCCGAGAUCACGCUGAGGGAGUUCUUCAACGCCAUCGUGGCCGGCAAAGACGUGGACCCGUCCUGGAAGAAGGCCAUCUACAAGGUCAUCUGCAAACUGGACAGCGAGGUCCCCGAGAUCUUCAAGUCCCCCAACUGUCUCCAAGAGCUUCUACACGAGUAAAUCUCUCCUCCUCCUCCUC